AUGGACCGAAACUGCAACCUAUACCAGCAAGACCGUACAGAAGAAAAUCAUAGACCUUAUUGGGUCGUACAUCAGAAAUCAAAUAUUAGAAGGCCUGAAGGGAGAGGGUUUUACUCUAUCAUAGCUGAUGAAGUGACGGAUACGUUUUCAAACCAAGAGGUUCGGGCUUUGUGUGUGCGAUUUUUAGAUGAAAGUCAAACUGAGCCAUGUAUUCGAGAAGAAUUCUUUGAUUUUCUCCAUCUGAAACGUACUACUGUGGAAACAACUGCAAUUAAAAUAGUAGAGGUAUUAACAGAGAACAAUAUUCCAGUUGACAAAAUAAGGGGCCAGGCGUACGAUGGGGCAGCAGCUAUGUCGUCAGAAAAAGUAGGCUGCCAAGCUCGAAUAAAGUCUGUCAAUCAACAUGCCCUAUACACACACUGCAACGGUCACGUUCUGAACUUGAGCAUAGCUCACGCGUGCAAAAUACCUCUUGUGAGAAAUAUGAUAGAUGGGGUAAAUGCCACAUUCGUUUUCUUCGAUGUCUCGCCCAAAAGACAACGCUUCUUUGAACAUGUCCUUCAACAUCAUGGCCCGAAAUCAAAGCGUAAAAAGUUGUUGGGUUUGUGUAAAACAAGAUGGGUAGAACGUCAUACCUGCUAUGAUAUAUCUUUAGCAUGUAUACUGCCAUCGUUGAAUGUCUCCAGUCCAUCGAAAACCCAGAACUUGAGGAAAACACUCAAGAUGAGUGGUCGUGGGAUGCGCAAACUAAAAUUACAGCCGGGGAUUGUUGGCUACUCUGCUGUCGUACCAGGUUUUGGUUACAUUCAUCAGCGUAAGGGCUGUUCUGCAGACAGUCAAACCACUUGCAUCAAAAAACUUCAGAAACGUGAUUUGGAUGUGUAUGAAGCCCGCACACUGAUUACUGAUCGUAUUGAGAGGGUGAAAGAGAUGAGAGAAGGAGUAGAUGUUGAGUUUGAAAUGUGGUAUGAAGAUUGCAAACGAAUCGCCACGGUAGCUGUUCCAUUUCUGGGUCAUUUAUCAACUGAGCUCAAUGACAUAAUUCACAAAGAUGACAGUGUUGCAUAUGCAUUUUGUUGUUUGGUUGUCAGAUUCUGA